AAUAAAAAAAAUGUCUUUCAUUCCAAUCUCCCAAAUGGGUAUGUUCCCUUUUCUUAUUCUCUUAACAGUUUCGGUUCCCCUUCUUGAUCCUACACUAGCCUCAGCCUUGGACACCACAAACUUGGUGUACAAAGGUUGUGCUGACCAGAAACUACAAGACCCAUAUUCCCAAAACCUGAAACCGUUGUUAGAUUCUCUGGUGGCAGAGUCAGGGCAAAAGGGUUUCGCCGCCACCACCCAGAGCGGCAUCACCGGCGUUUACCAAUGCAGAGGGGAUCUCACCAACUCCGAUUGCUACAACUGCGUCAGCAAGAUUCCUUCCAUGCUGGACAAGCUCUGUGGUGACGUGGCAGCGGCAAGGGUCCAGCUCAGCGGGUGUUACCUCAGGUACGAGGUGGUCGGAUUCAAGCAAGUUCCUCAGACUCAGUUGUUGUACAAGGUUUGUGGAUCCAAGAAGGUUAGUGACGGUGGUGGGUUUGAAGCGAGGAGGGACUCGGCGUUUGAGAUGGUGGAAAAUGGUGUUCAAGGUAGUGGAAGCUUGUUUUACACUGGGAGUUAUCAGAGUCUCUAUGUGUUGGGGCAGUGUGAGGGUGAUUUGGGAAAUGGGGAUUGUGGGGGUUGUAUCAAGAGUGCUGAGGAACAGGCUAAGGUUCAGUGUGGUGACUCGAUUUCUGCACAAAUUUAUCUCCAAAAUUGUUAUAUUAGUUAUAGCUUUUACCCCAAUGGAGUCCCCACCAUGUCAUCUUCUCCAGGGUCAGGAGGGCAUCAACACAUUGAGAGGACAGUGGCUCUUGCGGUGGGAGGGGUUGCAGCUGUGGGAUUCUUGAUUGUUUGUUUGUUGUUUCUCAAAUCAGUGUUGAAGAAAAGAGGUGGGAAGCGUCGAGGUUGAUUUGGAUUGCAUGUAUGUAUAUACCUCAGGGAUUCAUAGAUCUAGUUUUUUAACAUCUUAGGUGAAGAAUAUACCUUGUGC